CCUGCCCACUUGACUCCUCUGUAGGAUCCGGGCCGAAUCUCCAAGGCUUUUUUUUUUUCCCCUUCUCUGCCGGCCAAGACCCUGAGCCGACUGGGCGACCCUCGCCCCUCUCUACGGGGCGUCCUGCAUCUUCCCCAGCCUCAGUGCCCCUGGUGCAUUUUUUCGGCUGCGCUUUUCUCCGGGGGACUUUCUGUUUGUUUUCUGCCCUUCCCCCUUUGUGGCUCUGAAAACUGGUCUUGCCAAAGCCCCCACUCCGGAGGGAGCUCGGCUUCUUGAGAAAAGUCUGCCGGCGCCCCGUGUGCACCAGCCCCCCCACCCCCGCCGACCCCAAAGCCGGCUGCGCGCACCCCGCGCGCCCUACCCGUCGCCUGAGUUCGUUCGCCGGAGGAAGCCAGCCGAGGGUUUAUUGAUGCACCCAUUCCAGUGGUGUAACGGUGAGUCCCUGGAACGGUGCGGGGACCCCCAGGGAGACCCGGGAGGGAGGUCCGAGGUGUGAGCUCAAACGAGUGGGUUCCUUCUCCCACUUGGGCUAAGUUUCUCCUGAAAUGGGACGCUCGAGAGAGCGUCGUCGCGCACAACCCUGCUCUGUACAGCGCGGAAUUUGGGGGAAAAAAAAGAAAAAAUCCAGGUUUAGUUCGAGGACCCGGGAGUGUUGUGGCGGGUCUCGGAACGCGGGGCGGGACAGGGGCGUGGGAGCCGAGGGGUUGGCGGCCUUUGUGUGUUGGUUUCGCUCUCCUAACCCCUUCCCCUGCCUUUGUGCGCCCAAACUCUGUUCUUUGUUGUGGUUGUUGGAGGCGAAUUAAAUCCGCGCUCGGAUCUCCUAGAGGGAGCUCAAGCUCCGGGCUGGAAACUUUGCAGGCUAUUUUAAAUAUGUAUACAAUGCAGCGUGCGGGACGGGGCGCGGGGGCGGCUUCCUCUCUGGCUUUGUUGGCCUCGCCGCUGGUUGCUGGGGUAGCUUUGUGACUAUGGAAAGCGCUCGGUUAGAGUGGCGCUUUAUGUUGAAUUGAAACCUCCUUGCAGACAUCUCGGUGCGGGGCUGGCGUCGUGGCCUGGAAGGAGCUGCGCCCUGCGGGUCCAGGGUAGGUUGGCGGGAUCUAUUUCCGAGCCUGCGUGGCAGUCGGCAUCUCCAGCCCCCGCCAGGGUGAAUUUAAUUCACUUCACCUGGGGCUUGUUUUCGGUUCAGGUGGUACCGGUUGGAUUUGGAUCCGAUUCCUGCCCCAGGCUUACCUGAGCGGCUCAGUUUAAAACCCUGAGUAGUAACUGUCUCCAGUGAUCCCCGGGUCUUGACUGCGUUGUUUUGAUGCUUGGAGAGUUUUUGGAGUAGGGUGGGGAUGGGGGAAGCUGCUGGCUGUAUCUCUUAGCAAGGCUAGAUGGCAAGUUACAAACAAAAAAUCCAUUCUUGAGAGCAGACUCUUAGCAGGUCGCGGAUUAAUUAUUUCAAGAGGCUUUUGUGUUAAGGCAGGCUAUGGGCAGCGUGUGCAUGAGUGUCCCCCACCCCCCUUCUUCCUCCUUUGGCUGGUCGGAUCUGAUUUCCUGAAAAUGAACCAAACUGUGUGUGAUAGGCGGGUGUCGCGGGGGAGGGGGCGGGGGCAGGGGCAGGGGGCGUGAGGAAGGCCGAGUGCAUCCCGGCAUCUGGGAGAGAUUCCCGUUGGCUGGGUAGGAGCAAGCAGUUCCCAGAUCCACUGGGCUUUCUUGGCCAGCCUUCUCUUGACGUCAUCCUGGCCAGCAGCCUCGGCUCUGAGAUGAGACGUUCUGAUGUCAAGCCUUUGCCAGGUCGGCAGAGACAAUGGAGCAGUCUGCGGGGGUGCUGUCAGUAACCCUGGCCCUUCUGCUAGGCAGUCACCUUUCAUGUGAGCUUUUAGACCCACUGAGAACUUUCUGCGUUACCUUCCCCCUUCUUCAAAGUGACUGAAAGAUCCUGGUUUUUUACUCCAGUGAGGAAGCAACCCCCUCCUCCUCCCUUCGUUUGCAGAAAAUAUUUGGAGUCUCUCUUCCCAGUGACAGGUAUUCCCUGUCGUUAUAUGUUUUAGAGGAAAAAUGACUCCAAUAUGAGCUUUUGGCCAUUUUUUCCCCCUUUUCUUUGUAAUAGGAAUGUAAGCAAAUGGCCCAUCUCCUCUUGGCUAUGAAAUUCUUCCUACUACCUCUAUCAUGUAAAAAUCCCAGACACAGUGACUCAAUCCUGGAGCCCCAGGGAAAGCCUCUAUCAGGCCAGAUAAGAUCUUCCAAAUAACACAAUCAGAGGAUUGAUCCCUGCCAGAGUGUCCUCAGUGUACACAUGCCCCCUCCGCUGCAUCUGCUGCGCUCUAUGUUCCCAGAAUAGGAAGCCAAAUGAGGUUUUUAGGGACACUCAAGACACCAGGAUCCAGCUCAUAAAAUUGAAUGGAAGGACCAUGGGCUUGACCCUCUUCUACCUUCCUAUUGCUGAGGCAGGGGCUGGAGACACACAGCUCCCUGGAAGGGAAAAUCCUGAGACCCUUUAUCAGUGUAGACGGAAGGUCAGUCAUCUCUAGCCAUUCCACCAUCAUCUUCAUGGAAGAUGAUGAAAAUUCCACCAUCUUCAUGGAAAACGCCUCUCCUUUGGCCCAAAAAGUGGAGGAGGGGAGGCCAAAAACUACUUUCCUUCUGUCUUACACUGGAGCAUAUCAAGAUUUUAGGUGUUUCUGCGGCCUGGGACUGGUUAGCACAAACAAGUCCUGCUCAAUGCCACCCAUCAGUUUCCAAGACCUUCCCCUCAACAUCUACAUGGUCAUCUUUGGCACAGGCAUCUUUGUCUUCAUGCUCAGCCUUAUCUUCUGUUGCUAUUUUAUCAGUAAACUCCGGAACCAGGCACAGAGUGAGCGAUAUGGAUAUAAGGAGGUGGUGCUUAGAGGUGACGCCAAGAAGUUACAGUUAUAUGGGCAGACCUGUGCCGUCUGUCUGGAAGACUUCAGGGGGAAGGAUGAGCUAGGCGUGCUCCCAUGCCAACAUGCCUUUCACCGAAAGUGUCUGGUGAAGUGGCUGGAAGUACGCUGUGUCUGCCCCAUGUGCAAUAAGCCCAUUGCGGGCCCCUCGGAGGCCACUCAGAGCAUCGGGAUCCUACUAGAAGAGCUUGUGUGAGUGCUGCUUCUCCACUGAGAUCUGGAGAAUGACUUCCUGCCUUGUGGGUGCCUGGUCCCUCUGCACAGCUACAGUGAGCAGGACUGUUGGGCAGUGGUGGUCACACUCUCCUCAAAGGGGAGGACGGUAUGGGGCUGGUUGUCGCCAUCUGGGCGAGUUCACUGCCAGCCUUGCCCCACCUCUCUGCCUCCUGCGGCUGCCUUCCCUGCUUCUCAAUACUGAUGCAUCGCCCAUCGAGACCAGUGCAUCCUGGGACUGGACUGUCCACUGGCCUUGUCCCUGCCCCUCUCCGGCCAGGAGCUGGGAGUACUCCCCUUCAAGGUUCCCCUGAGGAGGAGAAGUUGCCCUGCCCUCAAGGAAGGAAUGAGAUGGGCUUCAUCUCACCCUUAACCACCCUUCCCCUCCCUACUCCUUCCAAAGGAAGGUUAGAAGGGAAGGAAGGAAGGACAGACAGAUCAAGGAACCGAAUGCCUCCAGGGAAUGUGAGGGAGGCUCUGUAUGAAAAAGGGAAGAGCAGGGACAUAGAAAAGGAAAAAGUCAAUGUUUACAUGGGACCUGUUGACACAAAGGCUGGCUAGCUGGCUGGCUGCAGGGGGAUGGCGGGCAACCCCCUCCCCUGCUAAGAUCUGAGGUGCUAUCCAUUCAUUCUCUCUCUCCCUUCCUUAAUCCUAGAACUUCCUAGUCCAUGCUGGGGUUUGAGAGCCCCUCUGGAGGGGGCUCUUAUGCUACACUCAGAUUGAUUCCCAAGGAGUUUUUCAAAAGGAGCCUGGGGAUGAGGGUGUUCUGAAAGCUAAAGUAGUAGGAACAGAUACCUGCGUCCUUCUUGUAAAUAGUAUUUUUAUACUUCCUCAUCAUCUCAGGAUUUAUACAAUGGAGUCCCCAGAAUGGAAGAGGGGGUGGGGAGUCUUCUGUUCCACCCCAAGUGGGUGAGGAUGGGGAAAAGGUAUGUAUUUAAAGAACAUUAAAUUUAAUAACAAGUUUCUAA